AUGCACUUACCGCGGCUUUUUAAACCUCCUGUCGAGGACGAACAUCAUCUCCUUACCUAUGAUGAGCGACGUGCUCUGGCCAAAGUUCAUGUCCAUAUUUGUGGUGCACGGAUCCGUGCCGGAUACCGUUUGUUCAUUGCAAACGGAGACUCUGUUUCCUCCGUGCGUCGCCAAAAAUGGAUGUAUUUGCUUGACCUAGAGGUGGCUAUACUGCUGAGAGUACUCGGAUACUGCUAUGUCAAUGGAUUCCAAGUCGAUAUUCCAUUUUUUAUAUCAGAAAUUCUCAAUCAGAGCGUACAUGCCGUUUUGAACCGAACUCCCCACCAUCGAGCUGUUCUAUUUGAAUCUCUAAAUCAAAGCUGGUCAGCAUGGGAAGAUGAUGAAAUUUUAAAUCAGACCAAGAGCUGGGGAUAUUGGUGGAGGGACGGAUUUGCUGAAGGCGAUGAGUGGCAAGUUGCCUUUGUUACCGUUGAAUCGCAAGCAAGAGAAUUUUGGAACAAGGUGGUUCUGCCUGAAUACCAACAAGAGGUACUCCGGCUAAACAAUCAGAGGAAAGAAGCUAAGGAGGGCGCAAGUUCAUCCACCUCUGGGCCUCCAAGAAAUCAAGAAAACAAUCCCAAGGGCAAGGGAAAGGCGGCUGAACGGACAUCCGUCCCCACCUCGGGGAAGCACGGAUCCGCGUUGACGGGAAAGCACGGCUCCGCGUUUUCACCGCCCACGGGGAAACCCAAUCCGCCGACCCGUGUUGCAAACACGCGGGAUGAAACAUCCCCAAUUGCAAUUUCUGACCACAGACCGCCCUACUGUCCCCGCUGCGGUCAGCCUAUCCUAACGGGCGUAAUGAGGGAGUUGGCUCACCUGCGCCGGAAUGUGGCGGACAAAAUGAAGAAUGCCCAUAAAGCAGUGACUACUUCUUCGGCCGCCUUGGGCAGAUAUUCUGUAUUGGAGAAGAUGUGGAUUGACUCUAAGGAGCUCCCGUUCUCUAACGGCAAGGGGCUUUCAGCCAAAUACAAAUUUCAGCAUCCCGUUCACCCUUCUCCUGACAGUUGGGGCGCUAUAACGGCUCAAGCCCGGUCCUUCGAGGUCUCAAAGCUCAAAGUCGCUUCAUUUUACAUCAACGACAUUUUUUAUUCUUUUAUUGCCGUCAAGGAACUACCUUUUCAUCCACUCUGGUAUCAUUCGCCACCCUCCAACACUGCAAAUAUUCAUCUCCCAACAGAUACUCUGCCUACGCCCGGUUCCGUCAGCCCUCCGUCAAAUGCACACACCAGCAAUGCCUUCCUUUUUAACGCAAGGUCAAGACCUGUUUUUCCGGGAGAAGAGGAUGAUAUUGAUAGUACGUCUGAUACCACUGAAUCCUCUACACCAGCUACGUUUUUAGAGCAUCUCGCACAGGACUUUGAAGAGGAGGCGGAUGAGGAGUCUUCCGCCGGUGAUACGACGGAGGAGUCAGAUGCUUCCGGUAACUCAGAAGAGCUUAGCGAGGACGUGUCGGAAACACCCUGGGAUGAGGAAUCUUAG